AUGGAGAGCUCCCGCCUGCGGCUGCUGCCCCUCCUGGGCGCCGCCCUGCUGCUGCUGCCUCCUCUGCUGGGCGCCCGUGCCCAGGAGGACCCCGAGCUCCAGCCCCGAGCCCUGGACGUCUACUCCGCCAUGGAGGACGCCUCCCACGAGAAGGAGCUGAUCGAAGCGCUGCAGGAAGUCCUGAAGAAGCUCAAGAGUAAACGCAUUCCGAUCUACGAGAAGAAGUACGGGCAAGUGCCCAUGUGCGACGCUGGAGAGCAGUGCGCGGUGAGAAAAGGAGCAAGGAUCGGGAAGCUGUGCGACUGUCCCCGGGGAACCUCCUGCAAUUCCUUCCUCCUGAAGUGCUUGUGAAGGGGCGUCUAUCCUCUUCCAUACGUCUCCACUCCCCCUACGUUCCCUGAGAGGA